AUUAUAAUGUUGUUGUUUCCUUUGCAUUUCCGUUUAGUCUCGCUUAUAAUGACGCAAAAUAGGUUUUGCAAGUGCGACGAGCGAAGAAAGACGAAUCUAAUGAGAUUUUAACGAUUAUGCAUGCAAUGAAAUACGUCUGUUCGAAUGAUAAUUAUAUGUGAUAACAUCGCGGGGAUCGCGGGCAAAACAAUCUCGUUCUGCUCCGAAAGAGAAACGGCGAGGCGUUGUUUCUCGAAUGUUUUCGAACUUGCCAAAGCUGAAUUUGAAAAGGGCGAGCGGCCGCACGUUGGUAGCAGUGCAGUACAAAUGUUUGCCAUUUGUUGCCAUUGUUGAGGUUGAGACGCAAUAGUGCACCCAAGGGGAGCGUUGACAGCGUUGUUUGUCUUGGAUCGUGACGCUGCUGAUGCUUCGAUGAGGAGAUCUCUUGGAUAUCGCGAAGUGUAUUCGACGCAACUAUGGAAGCCCUACUACCGUCUGAGAUCGCUCGAUUGGUGCUCGGUUAUCUAGAGGAUCAGAAGUGUACUGAGGCAGCUAAGUUGUUUUUAGAGACAUCUCCACAUCUACAAGAAUGCCGUACCGUACUUUCUUGUGGGAGAAGAUUCAGCACCAGAGUCAAUGGUGUAACAUUGAUGGACCUUGUCGAAAAGUUUUCAUCCAUCAGUGCUAUAAUUCAAGAACGGUUAAGCAAAGCCAAUGACUGUGAGCAGGUGAAACAUUGUGGAGAUUUAAUAGAGCAACUCAAGUUUCUCGUAGAAGAACCACGUGGUCAGCGUUUUGUUGUAAACAUAAAUGUACCUUCACAGAGUAACGCACAAACAUCAAAUGGUUCACCUAUUGCUGCAAGCAACAUGCGUAAACGGCAUCAUAGUAACAGUGAACGGAUUAGACGCAAUAUUAAAUCCCAGUUUAAUUUAGUACAACAAUCUGAUAUCAUGAGUCCACCAGCAAGUUACCAUAAUGUUGACGCAACUCCAUUAGAGAGUUUGCCUGGGAAUGUUGAUUUGUUGAAGCAGGCAGAAUGCACUACUCAUACAGUUGAGAAGAGAGAUGACAAUUUUAUUAUGCAAGAAUCUCACAGACAAUGUGAUUUUGAGAAAAGUUAUAGUACAAAUAAUAUUACCGCACAUAAUAGAAGUACUCGGAUAAGUUCAGACGAUGUUUCAAGCGUACGAAGUUGUGAAAUAGACAUUGAUGAUAAAAAAAAGGAAGAAAGUAGCGCAAUUAGUACAAUACCUAAACAGUAUACUGCAGCCACAAGUACAGAAGAGUUAUUGAGUUUUUCUAGUACAGAAGUUCAAACUGUUCCUUAUGAGGUACCUGAGUCAGAGUCCGAAUCUAAUGACGAGCCCAUUGAAAAUCUCAGUAUAUUAACGAAAGAAAUGUUGAAUCGUACAGACGUACAAGAAUGUAUUGCAGAGAAUAUCAAUAAAGCAAUCAUUCCUACAGACCUUUCCAUGGGCGAGAACUUGAACGAAUCGAUGAACGGUGAAGGGAACACUUCGAUUGUGGCUGAGCUAAAUAAUGUUCUUAAAUCAAUCGUUGAAGCAACAGAAUCCGAUCCUGUGUUUGAAAAGUUUGUCUAUGAGUAUAUUGGACCGUAUAAAGAAACGGAAACAAGUCCUGAAGAUGAUGAUGAAGGAAAGCUAAGCCCAAAAUCUGUUAAUGAAGUGCAAAAGAAACAAAUAGAAACAGGCAUGGAUAAUAUUAGCUCACCAGAGCCAGUGAUAAUAGAUAGUAAAGUAUCUGUAGAGGACGGUAUAGCGGAUAUACCUCUGAAACAUAGACUUCGUAGUUCUUCGAGACAACAAUACAACAGAGUUGAAGACGAAGUUGACAAAGCGAAAGAUCAGGAAAAAGAUCAAAGCGCUUUAGAAGAUCAAAAUGCAGCAGCAGUGAUGAGUAUUAUAAAUGUCAAUAAUAUUAACAGUACAUCUGACGGUAACAAAAAGACUCUUGAUGCAAAAGAAAUAACCGUAAAUGACGAUAAUGGACAAAAAAUACAAACGAUGGAACCUACAAUAAAUAAGAACAAUACUAUAAAAUCCUUAAUAGAGACAGAUAUACAGAAAACUAGUAAUGUUGCGCCACCUAUAAAUAAUAAUGUACAAUCUAAAGUUAAGAAGUCCACAGUAAAGCGACCAAGACCUACGAAACCUAAACGCGAUCAAAUCGGUAAUAACCAAUCCAGUUCUGUUCAGUCCAAUGCAAUACAAUCCGUAACCGAACACGAACUCAUGACUAUGCCAACGUUGAUUGUGUGUUCGCCAGAUGAGAUGAAUAAUCUUUUGAUAAAUCGUUCGUCUACCAUCACAUCAACUACCACUUCGCGUUUUAUUCCGAUUGCUCCGAAAGAUCCAAGUAGAAUCAAAGAAACUGUGGAAACUUUAUAUUUAAGGACGGUAAAUGUACCGCAACCGAUAUCCAAAACACUACCAUCCGUGAUAGAAGAGCAGAACAAUUCUGCAAACCAAGUGGAAUUAUUGCAAUCGACAAGGAAAAAUGGUAACAUGAACAAACAUUUACGAACUAUACAAAAAACUGACGCGACAGUACCCAUUAUCAGUAUUGAUCAACAGGUAUUAAAUCUACAUCCGGUAGAAUCGGUGCAAACUAGUAAGAUCGUUGGGAGUGAAUCGAUAACGCUUUACGGCAAUGAGACCAGUGCUAAAACGUCAUUGGAUAGCACCAACUUGCCUAUGAUUAAUCUGGACGAAAAUAUCAGCCUAUCGAACAGCGGAUUUUCUCCAUAUUUAAAGUUCAGUUGUAGCAAGACCAAUCAAAGUCAUAAUCUUUCAGAUAUUGAUUUAGCAUCUGUAAUGGAAAAUGUAGGGAACAAUGCUGCAAAUAAUACGAGAAACGAACAGUCAUCCAAGAACGUCGAUGUCAUUACUAAACGUACACCGAAAUCCCUAUUAAAAAGUAGAUCCAAGAAUCAUAGAUUAAGUUUGUCUACGCCUCGCAAACGAAGCAGUCAUAUAAGAGCGCUUAACUUUAACACUCCUACAAGAACAAAUUCUACCAUAAAAACAAGCGGGGAUGGGAAUGCCCAGUUCUCGUCCAAUGUCUCAUCGACGAAACGUUUGAAAUCCGUUUGUAGAACUUCAUUAUUUAGAUCACCGUCGCUUUCCAGUACCUCCGCUCAGAAGCAGAAGACUCCGAUGAAAGUUAAUCAAUCUUAUAGAAUUCCGAUAGCUACUAGAAGCCCUGCGCCUAAGCUCAUGGGUGGUUGGGACAAGUACAAUGGUGUUGGUGUUAUUAUAGGUGAUGUAUCUCCACAUGGAAGUACCAGUGCAUCUUGUUCCUCUUCCGAGGAUAAGAUCGUUCAACACAAACCCGUAGCUAAAUCCAAACCUUUAGCAGGAAGUUGGGACGCUGACUUACGCAAGAGUAUAGAAUCGUACAAGAAAGACGAGCCUGAGAUUAAAAAACCUGUAAAGAGAAAAAAAAAUUCCAUCAAAGAUAAGAGUGAGGUGAAGAAAGCUAAAUACAGUUCACAAUCAGUAAAAAGCAACGACGAGAAACAGAGUUGUGGUAAAUCGAAAGUGAACAAAAAGUUGAAGCAUAAUGUGGAAGAUACUAACGAACCGGAAGAGGAUUCUCAAGAUAACGCAAAAAUAAUAGAACCACAAAAUAUUGAAAAGGAAAACAUAACGAAAGCCAUUAUUAAUACUGUGGAUUCCGUUGCGAGCAAGUCUGACAAAGUUUUGAUCAAUAUUUGUGAGACAUCGGCAAUGAUAAAUAGUACAAACGGCGAUGCGGUGACAGUGACUACAGAGAAGCCUGUAAAAAAAUACGUACAGCUAAAGACGAUAUCGACUAAUUUACGGAAAUCCGAUAAUGAGAAGGAGAAAAACAUGGAAGUCUCGCAAAUCAAUGCGCAAGUGUCCGAAAUCUCGAGGAUUUCAUCAGUGGACAAUACGCAACAUGCCUUGCGACUGCCCGAUAUGAUAAACUUGGAGACACCCAGAAAGUGCGAUAGCAUAUCCGGUCCACCACCGACGCCAAGAGUAUUGAGCCCUAGUAGCAAUUUAGUUACACCGUUCAUCAAGACCAAUGAAGAUUCCUCGAAAAUACGUAGUUUUAUUGCCACCCCGGAAUUCCCGAUAACUCCGGGUGUAGCUUUAACUCCGAAGGAAGAGACAACUAGAGAUAUCAUGAAAAGAGGCGAGUACAAUUCCCCGUACUACAAACCUACCUCCGAACAGGCUCAGGAUUCCGAUCUGAAGGUAUCUAAGCUUAAAGACAGCGGUACGCAAGAGUCACCCAUUCUAUCUUCGUCGCACAUAAAAUUACAUUCGACGCACAACAGUCUCACUUCGGGUAAUAGUUAUCAGAUGUGUACCUCUUCCAAACUAGAGAUAACGGAGUUUGAAGUGAUAAAGGAGAAUUUACCGAGAGAAGAGGCUAUCAAGGAGUUCAAAAUUGCGUCUACUUCCAAAGAUUCGGGAAGCGCAGCGGAACUCGACGCUUCCAUUGUAACAGAUCAUCACGUGGAUCUGAUACAGAUAAACGAAUUUAAAAGCGAACAUAGGGAAACAAUAAUCGAUGCCAAUGAUAUCAAUGAUUCUCACAAUGACUCUAUGGAGAGUAGCUCUUCGUCCUCCAAUACGUCAUCAUCGUCAUCGUCGUCGUCAUCGUCGUCUUCGUCAUCGUCUUCUUGUAGUAGUUCGAAUACUUCGACAAAAACGUGUUCGCCGAACGAAAAGUGCGAUAAAGCUCCAAGUAAAACGAGCACAGAUAGCAGUAGUGAUUUCGCAGAAAAAAACAUUGACGCACCGAAAAAUACGAGCGAUGUAUUACUAAAUAUACCAAAUGAUGCAUGUGAACAAUUAGAUAAUGUAAUUAAAACGGAGUCGUCGCCGAAGAAGGUAUUCGCAAUCGCGAAAACUGAUGAACAGCUGAAGAAUACGUUGAAAGAAACUCCGGCAAAAGAUGAAACUCUAUUAAAUGAAGCUGAUAUUUCGGAAACGCCUAGCAGCUCAAAAUGCGGAGUAGAAACAGUUAACUUAACUACAAAGAUAUCGGCGAUUAUGACGGAAGACGAAAAAUUAUCAAGAUCAAACAAGCCCCCAUCAAAGAGUAGCAGUAGAAUACAAACCAACAUACCGAGAGCACAGCCAAAGAUAAUAGAUAUACAGUAUAUUCCGCCAGGAUCAUCAAAAUACAUUGAGUCUCUGAGAAAAAUUAAAGUCAAUGCGAAUGAAAAUCAAUCCGAGCGCGAAGAAAACGCGUUUGUGCAUAACCAGUUAAUGCACAAGCAACUAUUGGAGGAAAAACGACAACGUAUCAUGGCUAAGAUCAAAGAUAACCCAAAACUGAAUAAUGGGACUAAGCGUAAAAGCAUUUUAACUGCCGACACUUUGAAGAAAUUUGGCAGAGGAAAACGAAUUAUACGGCCACCGGCAAAAUACUCUAGAGAUGUUUAUAAAAAAAUAGAGCCGCAAAAUAAUAGACGUGAAACCGUAAGAAAAAGUACACGAAGAAAAUGUGAAACAAAAAAUCAGGAUCUCGCGAACAAAUGCGAUAACAAGGAAGAAAUAACGGACCGAGUUGCCGCAUCGAAAAGUACAGAUCCUGACUUAACGAAUUAUAAAAAUAAUGGUAAUAACGAACUGCUCGAAGAUCACACGACAGAACAAUUACGCGAAAAUAACAUUUGUGACGUGGAAAAUAAUGCAGUUGAAAAUUGUAAAAAAAGCGAGACCGUGCAAUCGCAUAAUUUCUUAUUGGAAAGUCAAGAUUAUGUAAAAGAGAUAUCAGAUGCUCAGGAGAUUACGGAGAAAAAUUGCAAUAUUAAUAGCAAUGUCGACAAAGAAGGAAUAACGAAGACUCUUGAAAAUGCGCAAGGUAAGAUUUUGAUGAAAGAACCGAAUUCAGAAAAAUGUAUUGUUUCCCAAGAAACAUUAGCUCCGGAUAAGUUGAAGCACGAUCAAACGGAAGAUAAAAUAAACAAACCGAGACAGUUUUCAAAUCAUGCUGAUAAAUCUGACAAAAUAUUGAGACAUAAGGUAGAUCAAGUAAAACGCGACUUAUUUAGUGACGAGGAGAAUGAUUACAGAACAUCUUCGACUGUAAGUGCAACAGAUAACAAAGUUAAGAAAAUCAUCGAUUCUGAAAUUCAAAGUUCUGAUCAAGCUCCGGGCAAAAAGGAGAAUGCUAAUGUCGAAAAUUCCAAGCAGGAAUUGUCAACCGUUCUCCAGUGUUUGCAGUUGGUGCCCGCGUCCAAAAAGGAGCAUUUGGACAAUGGUAAAAAUCAAACCGAACAGCAACACAAGGAGCAGAGUGAACCUGAAAACGAAGGUGAUAAUGAAACGCAUCAGACAGCCAAUGUUCAUAACUAUAAAGCAGAGUAUCACUUCGUGUAUGAUGAUAGUAUACCGAUGAGAAAGAGAAGGAGAAGGUAUAGCGGGCACGAGUUACAGAUCGAAAUUAAUUAUGCCGAUUAUUCGGAUCCGAACCCCGUUGAAUGCUUCAAGAUAAUGAAGGCCACAGAGUUCGAGGAAAUAUUUAAUCUUCUGCCUAAAAAGGGAAGUAAAAAAACGCGUACAAAAAUUGAAAAAGUUUGCAAAACACCCAACUUUCAAAUGAAUAAGGACACUCUUAACUUAAAAGACAAUACCGUGAAACCUCUAGCUACAUCGUCUCCUGUAGAUGAACCACCAAGAGCUAAAACGAAGAAAAUUAUUAAAACUGCUGCGACAAACAAAACUAAUAACAAUACGCAAUCUGAUGCAAAGAAAAAGCAAAAGCUAGAUAAGCAUCAGGAAAAAGAUGUUAUUACCAAAGGCCGAAAGAGAAAAUUGUCAGAAGCAAAAGAAACAAAACAGGUUGAGAAGAAAUGUGCAACGGAUCCGCAAAUGUUACUCAGUACCUUAAACGAAGUAGACCUAAAUAAAUUCCUGACUACAGUUCAUGGACCUGAAUAAAUGCUCUCUUUGGUGUACAUAUGUAUAAAAAAAGUGUAAACUUCUUUUCUAUUUUUAUAUGAUAUAUAGUGUUAGAAUAUUAAAAAUAUUAGAAUAUUUUGUUACUGAUAA